GCCCGUGAGCCUAGUUUUGCCCUAUCUUUGUUAAGUUUUUAAGAAAUAAUUAGGCGUGAAACUCAUGGUAUGGGCUAUGAUAUUCAUCAGUGUGUGUGUAUGAUUUAAAAAGCAGUAGGCGGCUGUUCCCAACAAACCCUAGCCGACUUCCCGUUUUCUGAAUCACCCUGCCUUGAAGUUUCACUUGGAACUUGACAAGGAGCUAGUUGGUUGACAUUAGCUAGCUAAGCGUAACCGUCGGCGCGCGGUUUAAAGGACUAACAGCCGUGCACGGAAUACGCACGGGCAAUGCCAGCGAAGACGCGACAUUGCGGGCGAAGUGUAUGUGUAUAGGAGCUGAACCGUCUCGCGUCUCCGCUGGAAGAGGCCUAGCCGCAGUCGGGGCCUGCGGAAACAUCGAGCCGUCCUGGUGUGCGGGCGUUGUGGGUCUUUCUUGCUGUUAGCUAGCUAGUGCUAACUAAAACCACACUCCCACCCAGUGCGAUUCACCGACGCGUCCUCUGCCAAACGAGUCUUUUUGGCAAUAAUAUCUACCGUAUGAUUACAGGAACUACUGGUAAAUAGUGGAUUUGAUCGGAAAAAUAACUUUAUAUAUUAGGUGGGUUUUUGAGUAGGCUUAGCACCCAGACACAAGGACUCCUUUCCAGAAUAAUUUAUUUCUCAUGUAUGCUAGUAAAAUGCAGAAUGGCGAGAUCAUUUUGGGUGGGUUAAGUUAUUUGUCUCCUCGCCGAAUAGCAGAAACGUCAUAUGACAGUAAAAACGUUUCGGAGAAAACGCCGUUUGUAGGGUGAAAACACAGCAACUCAUUGGUAGCACUAUUUAAUACAUUUACGGCAAGUGCAAGAAAGUUAUAGAUGGCUGGUAGGGUCGUAGUCAGUACCUUUUAUUGUUAAAAGUGGAAAGUUUGGUUUUGAUGUUGAUGUUUACAUAAAGCUUUUGUUUACCUUUCACCCCAUUAGAAGUUGUCUCUGAAUUUAAUUCAUCCUUUGCUGAAGAUGGACCCAGAUGUGAUUAAAAUAGAGGAGGUUGUGGUUGGUGAAGCGACCGCUGAGAAACCUGGGGAGAUGGCAUCAAAUGAACAGGCACAGCCCUAUACAACCACGCUUAUCCUCCAGGAACCUGCUGCCACCCCAGUCGCCCAGCCAUACCAGCAUGAGAACCUGCAGUGUUUCCAGUGUUUUAUUACCUUCUGCAACUCUAAAGCCAAGGAAAGGCACAUGAAGAAGAGCCACCGUGAGGAAUACAAGCAACAGCUUCAGCAGUGUGACACACUUUUCACCUGCUAUGUGUGUGACCGCACCUUCCCAUCCUCUGAGGAGCUCACACAGCACCAGGGGACCCACAACAAGGAGGACAAACCUUUUAAGUGCCCCCACUGUCCAGAGAGUUUCCGUACCUUCUCUGAGCUGACAUCACAUCGAAGGCAAGUUUGUCCAGAAAGGCAGUUUUCAUGCCGGGACUGUGGGGAGUCUUUCCGGGGUCCUGCCCUGCUGCGGAGUCACCGCCUAGCCCAACACCCGCCCCGCUCCGAGGCUGACCAGGACGGCGACGACACUACCAAGACCCACCGGUGUGGGAAGUGUGGCCGAGGGUUUGAGACAGAGGCUGAGCUGCUGCAGCACCAGGAAAACCAUGCCGGGGACCAGCACUGCAAUGGCAGAGCCCCCGCCAAGAGGAAGGGGCGUCCCCCUAAGACCGAGGAAGCAGCCAAUGGAGAGAAGAAAGGGAAACGGAGAAAGAAGGCAGGGGAGGGUGAGGAAGGAGAUGAGUCUGGUGUGAGCAACCAUGCAGAAGCAGAGCCGGCCGUGCCGGUGGCAGCCGCACUAGCGGCCGAGGUGAAGGGGAAGACAGGCGCCCGACGCGGGAGGCCUCCCAAGGUCAUCCAGGGGGCUGAGGCCAAAGUGGGCCAAGCCCAGGCCGACAACAAGAAAGCGGCCCGUCAGCACCCCUGCCCCGACUGCAAGCUUUCUUUUCCAGGCCUGGCCCAGCUGCGGCUUCACAAGAAGGAGAAGCACAGCCGGCCGCCGCCUCCACGCAAGGCCCACCCAUGCGGGGAGUGUGAGGAGAGUUUCGCGCGGCCAGAGCAGCUGAAGGCACACAUGGCACGGGCCCACUGCGCUGGCCGUCACGCCUGCCCCACCUGCGGCAAGAGCUUUGGCAGGGAGAGCAACCUGAAGGCACAUCGGCAAGCACACACCGAGGAGGAUGUGGCUGCCGAAGGAGGGAAGAGAUAAUUCUGGAAGAGUCGCUAUUUCUGUAAGGGGGGGGGGGUGGCUGAUUUAGAAGUGGACGGGGUUUGUAAAAUGUACCACAGGAAAUGGGAUUUUAAUAAAUUUGUGUGAGGGUGGGACUCGUUGGGUUUUGGAAGACAAUUCAGUAAGUGGAAAGCUUUCAUAGGUUUUUAUUAUUUGUAAUCGUCCUACUCCAAAAGGAGUUGUUUGGUUAGCGUACCCUAAUGUAGUUAUUUUUAAGAGUGUCUGUCGGGGGCGGUUUGCUUUUUUAUAGAGAAGGCGAAGUUUGAGGAUAACCUUUUGAAGGAAUGACUAUGUAGUUGGAACUGUAAAUAAACUCAAUUAUGUACCUAUGUUUAGCUGCAUUAAAAGUGGGCAGGCCCCUACAUCAGAGCCUGUGGGGGGGAGUUUAAUGGUGUUUCAUAUUUUAAGUGAUUUUUAUUUUUUAUCAUUGUGUGUUUUUUGUAUUCUUUUUAGAAAUGUGUGUGAGUAAAUAGCUUCCAGGUUGUCUGAUUAAUGGAGCAUUUAAUUUCUGGAUUUAACUUAAAGUGUUAAAGUAGCACUUGUAGGCAUCUGUUUAUUUUGAAUAUGUUGACUUAAAUUGAGGUUUAAAUUUCUUGCAGGGAGGCUACAUAAAACAGGAUUGUAUUGGUUUUAAGCUUUUAUGUAAUGUAUAAUGAAUGCAGAUCUAUUUUGGUGUUUGGUUUAUUACAUGUGGGUAUUGGGUAAAUUUAGUUCAUUUAUCAAGCAUAUUGCAAGUCAGAUUAAAGGCUGCAAAAUGUUUUAUAUUCAUCAAGGGAAAUUUUACCUCCUGCAUGUUUAGCCUGAAUUUCCAUAAUACCCCUGAAAGUGAGUUUUAUUUGAGAACUAUAUUGUUUAUUUCAGACACGUUUUCUCCACUCUUACUUGAGGCCCCCGUCUGUGCAGCGCCUCCUGCAUAGUUCUCCUCAGUACAAUUCUCAUCCCUGCACUUGAAGCCUUCAUUUUAACCACAUCAGUAAUUUAAUAUUUUAAUAUCCCUGUGAAAUGAUGAGAAAAAAGGCCUGAGCAGAAACCUGCGAGGAACUGUAAUAUCUGUAAUGUUUUCUUUGUAACAGCUGACUGUAUGCAGAUGUGGUCCUUAACCACUAUGCUGACAAGUUGUAAUUAAACUGACCCAAGGGUCUGAUAUGAAAGUU